GGGGAGCGCGGGCGCCCCUUCCUCGGCGUCCGCCCGGCGCCGCCCCCGGCCCCGCCCCUCCGCGCCCCGCCCCCGCCGCUCGGACGGCCCGAGUCGCGCCCUCCCGCCCCGCGCCGCCGAACUUGCUCUAACUUCCUCGGCCGAGCCGGGCCGCGUCGCCGCCGCCGCCUCCGCCGCCGCCGCCGCGCCCGGACCCUGCUCCUCGGAAGAUGCACUAUUAUAGAUACUCGAAUGCCGAGGUCAGCUGCUGGUACAAAUACCUCCUUUUCAGCUACAACAUCAUCUUCUGGCUGGCUGGCGUUGUCUUCCUCGGAGUCGGGCUGUGGGCAUGGAGCGAAAAGGGGGUGCUGUCCGACCUCACCAAGGUGACCCGACUGCACGGCAUCGACCCUGUGGUGCUGGUCCUGAUGGUGGGCCUGGUGAUGUUCACUCUGGGCUUCGCCGGCUGCGUGGGGGCCCUGCGGGAGAACAUCUGCCUGCUCAAGUUUUUCUGCAGUGCCAUCGUGCUCAUCUUCUUCCUGGAGCUGGCGGUGGCCGUGCUGGCCUUCCUCUUCCAGGACUGGGUGAGGGACCGCUUCCGGGAGUUCUUCGAGAGCAACAUCCGCUCCUACCGGGACGACAUCGACCUGCAGAACCUGAUCGACUCCCUGCAGAAGGCCAACCAGUGCUGCGGGGCGUACGGCCCUGAAGACUGGGACCUCAAUGUCUACUUCAACUGCAGCGGCGCCAGCUACAGCCGCGAGAAGUGUGGGGUGCCCUUCUCCUGCUGCGUGCCCGACCCCGCGCAAAAGGUCGUGAACACCCAGUGCGGCUACGACGUCAGGGCCCAGGCGAAGAGCAAGUGGGACGAGUUCAUCUUCACGAAAGGCUGCAUCCAGGCGCUGGAGGGCUGGCUCCCGCGCAACAUCUACAUCGUGGCCGGGGUCUUCAUCGCCAUCUCGCUGCUGCAGAUAUUCGGCAUCUUCUUGGCGCGGACGCUCAUCUCCGACAUCGAGGCGGUGAAGGCGGGCCACCACUUCUGAGGCGGCCGGAGCUAGCGGAGCUGAGCCAUGGGUGGUGAUGGCCCUGGCCGUGGCCGCCCCUUCCUGACUCUGCGUGCCGGGCCCGCGCCCCUCCUGCCGCACAACGGGGCCCGGGUUCCCGCUAGCCUCCGCCUCUGAGA